CCGACCCUUUGUUGUAAAGGCUACCCAACAGCCCUCCGAGUUUAGAGUCUACAUUGACGUUUUAUGGUGCAAGAAAUCGGAUGAUAUCAAAGAAGUAUUGGGGGGACUAACGUGUAUCUGGAGCCUCGUUCGCUCAUCCCGUUGAUGAGCUGCGCGUAUCGACGGAUUCGCGGAGGAAAAGGCACACAAAGACAGAGGGACCUAGCGAUACAGCGAGAGAGGCACCGCUGUGAGGCAGGCUACUCAUUUACGUGCGCACACGUUCGGGACAUUGAGAAAGCGAGUGAGUGAGGAGUCGUAAAUACGGCCAGGAAAAUGUCCGUGUAGGCUUAUUCGGAUGCAGAAUUAGUAGGGGCUUUGGAGUGAUGCUGGCACAUAUGCAUACUCCAUCUCGGGUAAUAAUCCCCAUCCACGCAACCAUCUUUUAAUCACCGGAGAGUAGCACUUGGAUCGGGGGUGCUUUGCCUCUGCGAAGCCUGCAUGCGUGCCUUCUAGGUCGCUUUUGUUUUCUUGUUUUUCGCACGAGACAUCCAACGAAAGGGAACGAAUUUAUUUCCAACUGAGGACUGCCGUGUCUGCACCGACGGUUUUCCAUCAUGUUGUCAGGCUAUCGGAUCGUACGGUGGUUGGGACCAUUCCAUAGUCAGCCUCACCUAACGUUCAUCUAUUUACUGUCCAUCUCGGCAUUGCUUGGGGUCCAUUCGUCGUAUCCACAGAGCGGUGAAUGUACAUCGGGCAAAGGAAAAGGCUGCGUUGGAACCAGGGUUAAACCUCAUCAAACACCAAAAACUGGGCCGAGAACUUCACCGAAAGACCUGUCGGAGAAGAAGAGCGACUUGCGGGUGUGCGACGCAGCCACGUGCCGCUUCGGGGGAACCUGUCGCGAUGACGGCUCGGACCUGAAGUGUGUUUGUCAGUUUCAGUGCCAUAGUAACUACAUUCCCGUCUGCGGCUCGAACGGAGACACCUACCAGAACGAGUGUUUCCUGAGGCAAGCGGCGUGCAAGCACCAGAAGUCUAUAUCCGUGGCCUCUGAGGGGCCCUGCUAUCCCGAUAGCAGUUCAGGAUCGGGAGACGGAGAAUACGAGGGAUCCGGAAGUGACUCGGGCAAGAAGGCCAACAAGUGUGGCAACUGCAAGUACGGAGCCGAAUGUGACGAAGAUGCCGAGGAUGUGUGGUGUAUGUGCAACAUCGACUGCAGUGGGCACAAUGAGAAUCCGGUGUGUGGGACGGAUGGGAACUCGUACACAAACCCCUGCCACGUGCGGGAGGCCUCCUGCAUGAAACAGGAGCAGAUUGACGUGGAACACCUCGGGAGGUGUCUAGAUAAAGGAAAGAAGGAUGUUCCGCCAGAUGUCUUUGCGGUUGUUAAGGAGAAGACGGAUUUGGGCAGCGGAAGGACCAAUGGCUGGAUGCCAGUGCCGUGUACAGAAAAGUACGCCGAAUUCUGUGUGCACGGGCAGUGCGAGAUGAACUUUAACGCCGUCUCAUGCAGGUGUGAGUCAGGCUACACCGGAGUGCAGUGUGACGUGCAGGACUUCAACAUCCUGUACGUGGUACCCAGUGGGCAGAAGCUCCACUACGUCCUCAUUGCGGCCAUCAUCGGGGCCGUGCAGAUCGCCAUCAUCGUGGGAGUCGUCAUGUGCAUCACCAGGAAGUGCCCCAAAAACAACAGGGGACGUCGGCAAAAGCAAAACCUUGGACACUUUUCUUCAGAUACUUCCUCCAGGAUGAUGUAGCUGUAAUUUUUUAUUUUAAUUUUUUAUACUUUUUUCGUACCAAGUGGAUUACAUUUUUAACGUAUCUAUUUUAUUUUUUCUGCUUUUUAACCUUGGGAGGAUGACAGAUUUUUUUGUUUUUUAAAUAUUAUUUUGAAAGAGGCCUUAUUUUUUUUCUUUACUGGACAUUAAGGUACUUCCUGAUGUUUGUGUUGUCCACUUACAUCAGGAGCAAGCUAUUGUGGGUUUAAAUGUUAUUUUUUUGGUACUUUUUUGAACUCUUUUGUUUGUUUCUUUUUGUUUUUUAAGUAGCUCUCGGCACACAUACCUUUACCACCACCUAAAUGGAUUUCUCGCUGUCUCUUGGAAUGUGCUACUCAUUGGGACCACUCAGAAAAUGGAUUUCUUGUCUUGAACUUUCGUUUUUUUUUCCAAGUCUUACUCUUUUUGCUUUUUAAAUAUUUUUGUUCUUCUUGUUUCCUUCGCAAAUCGAAUGCAGCUGAACACCAAAUGCAGUUGGACAUGAAUGAAAUGUGAGCCGAUGAUGUUUUAAAAAAGAAAAAAAAAGUUUACAAAAAGUUCUCUCUUUUGAAAAAGGAAUUCCAGCAAUGGAACACAAUGUGUUUUUUGACAUAGCUAAUCAUUUUUCGAUGUUGGAUCGUUUGUAGUUUUUUUAUGUUCUAAUGUUAUUGGUGUAACUGUUGUUGAUGUUGAAAUGAUCAUUAUUAUUGACUUUAAUUUAAUUCUAGACACUGCAUAUCGCAUGACCUGUGGAACUGUGUUCAGUGCUGUAGACUUGAUAGAAUUAAAUUCUCCGUCCUAUGAGUAGUUUUUGCUGCUUCCAUCUGAAUAUUAGUCACAUAAGAUGUCAGUUGCAUUUCUGUAUCUAAACAUGCUGCAUUGAAUGUGAAACCCACUGUAUGCUAAGGAGACUGACUUUGUGAAUGUUGGGAUCUGGCAAGAAGGACCGUAUCCACGGAGAUUUAACUAGUGGUGGGUUGUGUGUGAAUGUUUAAAAACAAGAUUAUAACACGUUUAAAAUGAUACGCUUCUUUUUUACAUGCUCCUUUUUAAUAGUAAAUGUGAAACUUAAACCUAAUGUUACUUACCAAGAUAACACUGACUAGACAUUGUCACACUCCGAAUUUUUGGUGGCAAUUCAAUUUGGUGUACUCAUACAACGACCAUCUAUGACAAGACUUGAACUAAUCUUUCAAAUUUGACAAGGUGAUCAAAUGUUCCAACUUCAAUAUUUGGGUAAUAAAUAUAGUUUUCAGUCUCAGUGCCUGAUUUCAGGCUUGACAGAGAAUAAAAACAUUGAGAACAUUUAGUCAUUAGGUUUCAGUUUCAGGAUAUCCUUCUACUAUCAGGCCUGAAUAAUGUCAGCAUAGUCUCUCUGAAGCAGUGACUAUGUACUGUAAUCAAUAAAUAAUAAUGCCCUUGUCCACCGUGGACCAUGCCACGUGCCCCCCUUGUCAGAGUUGACGGGGCAGGGGUCCACUAGGGGUAGACAAAACCACAUUUCCAAUUCCCUGUAAAGCGUGACCUCUUGUGUCAGCGCCGCUCUGCUCUGUGUUUCUACAUUUUGUCCUCACAAGGAAUUGGUUGACAUUGACAAGAUGAUUUGUUUUUUUUUAUGAAUGAACACAUAAAAGUCAUACCAUGAACAACCCUUGCACAACUUUGAUCCAGUUGAUUGACUGAAUGUACCGUACGUAUGUUCCCCCUGCAAAUCCUCUACCAUCAAGACGAAACAGAAUUAAAAUGGUCUCCGAUGUAUCAAAUCUAUUGUGUUAAACUGUUAUUGUAGACAUGGCGGAUUAAUA